AUCCCCCAAUAUUCUCUCUUAUUAUCACUGUUGUCAAGAGUAACUGAAACGGAAGCCAAACAGACCAUACUUUCCCUUGCUCUCUCGUCUAGGAAAAUGUCUGCCGGAAUUGGAAAAUGCAGCAAAAUCCGUCACAUUGUCAGGCUAAGGCAAUUUCUACGGAGGUGGCGUAACAAGGCCCGCAUGUCGGCUAAUCACAUACCCCCACCAGACGUCCCCGCCGGACACGUGGCGGUGUACGUUGGCGGCAGUUACAGGAGAUUCGUGGUGCGUGCGACGUACCUCAACCAUCCCGUCUUCUGGAAACUGCUUGUCCAAGCUGAAGAAGAAUACGGAUUCACUAACCAGGGUCCUUUGGCUUUCCCAUGUGACGAGUCCGUGUUUGAAGAAGUGCUUCGAUUCGUUUCACGGUCGUCGGAAUCCGGACGCUCUUCUCGGUUCGUGAAUCUAGAGGAUUUUCAGAGAAACUGCCACGUGGGCAUCAAGAAAAGACUUGAUUUUUUGAUUGAAUCUCAACCUCUUCUCCAUGGGAAAUAAGGUAAAAUAUAAUAAUAAAGUUAAAAUGGUUUGAUUCUGACCCGGGUCUGACUCAGUCCGAGUUAUCUCGCUCGUUGGUUUCAACGGAAGAUUGGAAACGGAAUCUUCAAGCUUAAAAGUUCAAGUACAGAGGCCGAGUUCAUGUAUGUGAUUGACUCGGUUGAGUUGAGUUUAGUAAUUCUUGUGGUUAAUACUAAUUCUUAUGGCUUUAUUCUGGCAUAAAUGUAUGUUAAAUUGGGUGGCGAGCUAAGAUUUGAGCAGAGUCAUAAUAUAAAAUACUCCGGAGAAUUCGUGGAGAUGGCAGAAUGAGGUGGGUGAAUUAUCCACCGAGUCGUCCCGGGUUCUGAAUAGGAGUAAACAAGACUUGAAGAGGAAGGCGAAGAAGAAAAAAGAGCUCAAAUUUGUAAAUUUAUGUGAUUUAUUGAUUGUUUUUUCUUUAUAAUUUUUAAAAUGAAAUAUUGCAGAGAAACUCUGGUAUGAUUCUCCAUUAUUGAAUAUUUUUAUAGAAAUAGAAUGAUGAGCCCUUGUGGGAUGUUAUAAUGGCAACAAGCCACGUGAAAGCAGAGAGUCUGCCAUUUUGCUCUGUUUUUCUCCUGGUUUCAACUCAAGUUUGUCUUCCACUUUGAAUUGACACCCUUGCUUGGCCUGAAUUCAAGCUGAAUCCGAACGCAGGUUGGCUUGAAUGUAUAAUCAGAGGGAUGUCUAAUGAGAGCGCUCAAGCUGGUGAGCUGGGAUUUAGGAAAGUUCGAGUUUGGGCUUAGCCUAGGCUUAAAGUUUAAAGUUCGAAGUUCGUCUUAUAUAUAUGGUUCGAAUUUAUAACUAGCUUUAAUAAUAAUCAGAAUGAAGUUAUUUUUUAUUGUUAAAA